AUGAAAAUCAAGCAAACGACAUUGCUGCUUUUCUUGACCCUUACAAUCUUGCUCAUCGGCGGCAUCGUCGCCUUGAUUGUGGUAUGUAGCGUCAACCAUGGCCUUGCACCUGUCGAGAAUGCCUCCAGAACAGUUGCCGGAGUCGACUGGAGGCUCAGCCUGACAUGGAAAACCCUACCGUCGUUUCUCUUCCAGAUAUAUGGAAUGUGCGUUGCGGCCAUAGUUGAUGCAUUUGGAUUCAGACAGCCAUUUACUGAGCUGGCUCGGGAUGGAGGAGCCAUUGCCAGAAAGAGCAUUGCAUUGGAUUACCAGUCCUUCUUUCCCGGCCAACGAGAGUACGAAGUGUUUCGCAACGGACAUUGGCAUCUCGGUAUUGGUUUCGUAGUGUCGCAGACACUUCGUGUAGCUCUCAGUCCUCUCGCGGCACACAUGCUGGUCGAGCAAACCCACAGAAAUCAUCAAAGCCCGUCAUUGUUGCAGGACUCUGCCUUUUCCUCGACGACCAGCCUCAAUGGAUCGAUUGACUGGGAUCUUUCGACUAUAAUAGGAGCUGCAUCAUCAACGCUGGUAUACGGUGGCAGCUAUCCAAGGUGGUCCAACGGGCAACACGUUUUCCUCAACUUCUCUUCGCCCAAUUUACCUGGCGGCAAUAUCUCACAGCCAAAAGUCGUGGCCACGACACAACCCUAUUUUGCGAAGCUUGAAUGUCAAACUGUGUCGGAUGUCUGCGAUCGCAUGAUUCGCAUCACGGAUCCUGACAGUCUUGAUGGGAAUGGUGGCACAUGGUGGCUGAAUGGCACCAAUCGCGGUUGCUACUGGAGCACGAACCUUCAAAUCUCCAAUGGCUUCACAACAUACUUGCAAACCUCUUUAAAGGUGACUUGCGGGGCACACCGCGACUCACUUUUCAGUGGCCGUAUGAUCGUUGUCGGUGCUACCAAUGUAAACUUCAGCAAGACCGUGCCAACCGUUAUCACCUGUAUACCAACGUACUGGAACGCGCAGGCACGCAUCAGCAUGAAUCUCGACCAGGACUCCCGAAACUCAAUUCUCGGCUUUGAGCUGAAUGAGACGAAAGAGCUCCGGCCUCAAUUUUGGGAUUCUUUUGAGUAUGAACUGAACCAAGUCAAGUCAAUCGACACAACCCUCACAGGGGGCACAUGCGCAGCAUCGGCCACUGACUUCGGGAGGGUAGUCCUGGACAAUGCUCGCCUCAUCAACAAUGCGGACGCGAUGAAGGAGGAGAGCCUCACGAGCUCUUCACAGCAGGUCUUUGCAACAGUGUACCCGCUUCUGGUAAACGACUUCAUGAUACGGCCGAACGAGAGAUCCGUCGACAUUACUGGCAAUUUGACCUUCACUACGAAUCGACUGUUUGUCUACAACAUUUCUGCUUCCAUCAUUCUUGGAUUGUUGGUCUGUGUUGCCAUAUUGCUCGUUAUGAUCUGCAGGUAUACAGAGGGGCAUGAUUCAAUGCUUCUCGAGGAGCUCAUUGGGAUCAUCGGUUAUGCGGGAAUAUUGGUGGACAGUGUGGUAAACAAGAUCGCGACAGCCAUCCGUGGCGGAGCAAAUUACCAAGGAAAGACCACAGGGGAUGCCAUGAAAGUCCUCGAUACUCGUGAUGGGACAGUUCCGUCGUCUUUCGCGACGUAUGAGGAGGAUCAGGCGGCGACUCGCAUUGCACUGCAAUCGAGGGUUUCCGAGAUUGAAUUCAUCGAAAAGUAUUUCCUGUCAAAUGUGGGUGGUAAUGCUCAGCGACCACUGGAUAUCAGUCAACCGCAACCUCGAAAUGUCGACUAA